AUGCCGGUCGCCUUGACUUUCGAAAACCAGGGCCCGCUCGAGUUGGCCGAUGGAAAACUCGAACAAUUGCAGCCCCUGUUGGUAUCGACGCUCGUCCCACCAGCCCCCUCCAAAGAUGCUGAGGACGAAGACCCAGAUGGACACACUGUAUGGAUGACAACGGCUACCUCCCAAGCACAAUACCACGCACACAAAGGCUGGCCGUUCCCGCUCCCCAAACUCCCGAAAAACAAACUGGUCGUCAGACCCACCGAAGACGGGGCAGGUUUAGGCGUAUUCGCGACGGAUGACAUCAAGCGUUACGAGCCCGUCCUCGUCGAACGCCCUUUCCUCAUCUACGCACAGGAGAACUCUGUCCUUCCCAUACCCAGCGAAGGAGUAAAGGAACUCUCGGAGAGCCAAAUCGCGCAGAUGUUGAUGAAGAAAUCGGAGGAGGCCUUUAGGUGUGCAAUAGAACAGCAGUUCUCGGCGAAGGCGAAGGAAGAGUUUAUGUCCCUCGCGAAUUCGCAUUUGGAUGAUGGGAGUGGGCCUGUACUAGGGAUCGUUAGGACGAAUGGGUUUGCGAUCAAGUUUGGGGAGCGCUUACCGGGUGUGGACGAGGAGUUUCGAGGGGGUUAUGCUGCAGUUUCAAGGAUCGGUAGUCGAUUGAAUCACAGCUGCAUCCCCGACGUCGUAUUCGGUUUCGACCCCGCAACCUUCUCAAUGCGCUUCACCGCCGUGCGCGACAUCAAAGCCGGCUCCCAAAUCCACACCAGCUACACAACCGUCACCGCUCCCAAACUCACCCGCCAAAAAGCGCUCUCAGCCUACGGCUUCGAAUGCCACUGCCGCGCCUGCCUCCAAUCCACACCUCAAUCCGACAAACUCCGUCAAGUCUGUCAUAAGUUGACCCAGUUAUGGCGGAAUCAGGCUAUUAAUGUGUGGCCUAAAGACCUGAAGCUUACUGAGAAGGUGCUGGUACCGGUGUUGGAGACAAAGAGACGGAUGGAGGAGGAUGGGUUGGAUUUUGAUGAUGCAGGGUAUUGUUUUUUCCCGGAGAUUUUGCAUAGGGUGUAUAAGUGCGUUGGGAAUAAGGAGAAGGAGAGGGAGGCGUUUGAGUUGACGAGGGAAACUGUGAGGGGGAUGAUUGAGGCAGCGGGGUGGAGGAGUGGUGUUAAUUUGUUGGGGUGAUUGUGAAGCCAAGCGAGCUGAGUGCCAUUGGGUGGUUCGUUUGGCAUUUCAGUUUUGUCGAAGAACGUGUAUUUGUAUUUUGAGUCUAUGGGUUUAUACGAUCGAUGUUGAUACGUA